CGACGAAUGACGUAGGACGUAGCUGCCGUGUUGGUUUGGACGGAGCUAGUAAGAAGCUAGAAAGGAAGGAAUCAGGAAAUCUCUAGCAUCGUAGAUAAACACCCUGAAGAGGUGUGAACCCAGCGAGCACACAGCUGUCACCAAGAGAACAGUAAAAAGACCCGACUGAGUCCUUCCUACAGCGAGGGUCAACAUGUCUGAGACAUACGACUUCCUGUUUAAGUUCCUGGUGAUUGGCAGUGCUGGGACAGGGAAAUCCUGCCUCCUUCACCAAUUCAUUGAGAACAAGUUUAAACAGGACUCCAACCACACCAUCGGCGUGGAGUUUGGUUCCAGAGUGGUCAAUGUUGGUGGAAAGACGGUCAAACUGCAGAUCUGGGACACUGCUGGGCAGGAGCGAUUCCGUUCUGUUACACGCAGCUACUACAGAGGAGCAGCUGGCGCGCUUCUCGUCUAUGAUAUUACCAGUCGGGAGACAUACAAUGCCCUAACCAACUGGCUGACAGAUGCACGGACUCUGGCGAGUCCCAACAUUGUUAUUAUCCUGUGUGGCAACAAGAAAGACCUUGAAACAGACCGAGAGGUGACCUUCCUGGAAGCGUCGCGCUUUGCUCAGGAGAAUGAGCUGAUAUUCCUGGAGACCAGUGCUCUGACAGGGGAGAAUGUCGAGGAGGGUUUCCUGAAGUGCGCUCGCAUCAUCCUCAACAAGAUAGAUUCAGGCGAGUUGGACCCGGAGAGGAUGGGUUCAGGUAUCCAGUAUGGAGACGCUUCGUUGAGGCAGCUGCGGCAGCCGAGAGGCACCACCACACAGAAUAAGCAGCAGUGUAAUUGCUAGGGAUCGGGGCCCCGCCCUCUCCUCAGCCCACAGGCCCACACAGACAGGACGCCCUCUACAGGUGUUUUUUGGUGUGUGGGACUCUUCUCUCUGCAGUCUCACACACCUUGGAUCACCAGGAUAAGUGGUCAUGGAGAUCGCUGCAACCCCUGACCCCUGACCUCUGGUAAGACUCUGUACUUCUAACCUGAGGGGGGUGCUUUGCCCCUGUGUCUGGGCAGGGACACCCCUCAGAGAUAACACGCUGGGAUCAUAAAGAAGAGGAGUCUUCACCUUUUUCUCAGCGACUUACCAGACAGGGACGAGUCGAGGGUUGUGUCCAUGGGCUGCCCUAUUGUUUAAUCUCAGAGCUUUUCAUUUUGAUUUUAAUAACACCUGUAUGCUUUCUAUGUUUGCACAUCAUUGUUUGUAAAUUAUUGUUAUUGGUAAACUAUUUUGUGCGUAAUGAUUGUUCAACUUAUCAGGAUAUAAAUUUAUUCAUAAAGGCAAGCUUUUUAUUAUCAUUCAUUAUUUGACUUAACUGUACUUUAAAUUCAGCCUGUCAUUCAUAGUGAGUAAUUGAUAAACAGUCCAAAUGGUAAAAUAUCCUCUUUGAGGCUAAAUGAAGUCAACAUGAACAGAGUUCUAUAUAUAUAUAAUAAUAUAUAUAUAUAUAUAUAUAUAUAUAUAUAUAUAUAUACAUACACACACACAUAUAAAACCAAAUACAGACAAUUCUUCCAUAUCCAAAUACAAGCAGCUGAUGAGAUUUUUUCCACGCUGAGAUGUGUGUUACGUUGAGUCAUUUUAAUUUUUGGCUUCACACUCCAAUGCACUAUUAUGACAUUAUGAGUGUUGGCCUUAGUAAUAUACUUGAUAUUGUGGAGCUACAGUAAAUUAUUCCUCGUCACCAUGUCUCUAAACAGUCAAAGGGAUGAGCCUAGAUGAGCCUGUGGGUCAGGUUUAAAGCACACAAAAAAGAGAUUUUGCUCUUUAUUUUUCAAAGUUCCCAAAGUCUGCAUCAUCGGACUCAGCCUGUGUUAAAGUCGCCGUGUCUCUGGUCGUAUCGCAGUGUAAAGUUAAGACAGGGUCAUCAAUCUUUGCAAAACUAACAAUGCCUUUGACUCGUCCUGCUGGGCUUUUUCUCCCUUUUUGUUUUUGACCUCCUUUUAAUUCUCACUGCACAUUCUGUGUAAGGCACGUCACAGGAAGCCACAGUAGGUUUGCUCAGUGCCACGUUUGGGGAAACUUUCAUGCUGCCCACUCCGUUAUCUCAUAGAGGCUUGACACUGUUUAAUCAAGCAAGGUUGUAAGUGCGCCUUGAUAAAAGUCAGGAUGCUGUUUUUAACCUUUUUUUUUUUUUUGAGGUAGUUUUCACAUCGCCUUAUCAAGCAGCUCUACAGCUACAAGAUGUCUUUUGAGUUAGCCGACCCAGAUGUUUUCUCCUUAGGACUGACCCUGUGUAGCCCCCACAGAGAAUCAGGGAAUUUCCACUAGAGCGUGGUUUCCUCUUGUGGUGCGGCGGCAGGAGAACGAAGUUGCGAGUUAAUAAGUAAAAAAACAUCCCGCCCCACUGUUGAGUCAAAGGCACUGCUUCUGUCUGGACCACUGAGAGCAAAACAAACUUAUUCCCCACAUCUUCUCCUCCAGUGUCGGCACAUGUCCUCCCAUACGGACCAUGUGCGUUUUAGACGAGCCAGCACACUGAACGGAAAAAGAUGGUGUGCAAACAUGCGAUAGUAAAGAUAUCAAGGGACAGAUGGUCAAAGGUUUUAUUAGUUUUCAUAAAAUAUUGGCAUUGUGUGAUAGUUUGUCUACUUCUGCAAGUGCACUUUUACUUUUGAAUUUUUAUGUUUUGUUCUGUUUAUAUAUGCUGCAACUAUAGAAUUGUACAUUUUAUUUUACUUGAACAGUAUACUGUAAUAAAGAUUUCAAUUGUAGAUGUUAUCAUUUCUUACUGAAUAACAACUGAGAUUCUUAAUUUGAUUUCCUUGUUUCCGCUGACGCGACAUAAGGCUGCUGCAGCAGUGACGACUGCUGCUGUCGGGGGGGUUGUUUGUUCAUUGCUGACGUGGAGGUAGUGAUGAAAUAUGUAACACUUCCUGAGCUGUAGGAGAAUGUCGGCAGCAAUCCUGAUCACUUAUGUUAACAAGUUGUCAUUUACAUUCAGUUAUCAGGUCUUUUUUUAAAUGGUUGAAUGCCGUUGAACCAGAUUCAGCUUGCAUUCGUCUGUUUAUUGUACAGUUCAUAAGAAGCAGUCAUCAAAAUAGAGAGCCAUAAAAGCAUCAUUUUUUUUCUAGAUUCAAUCAUGUGUUCAACACAAUUCAACUCAGUUGUUGCUUGGUAAUUAAUGUCAUAUAGUCAACCCAACAUACUACUGUACAUCUCAAGUAACCUAUACUGUAAAUAAGAUUUUGUCUAUUUAGGGUGAGUGUUGCUCAUUGAUUGUAAUGAAUAUGCAAUUCCCAGUAAACUGCUUGUUUUUUCAGUUAAUCCUCUUCA